UGCACCCCAGCGCCGCCGCCCUCCCCUCGCCUCAGCGGCCGCCCCGCCGCCAUUGCCGCUGUUUACCCGCGGCUCCCGGCAACGGCCGCCGCGGGGCUCGGCCCCAUAGCAACGCCCGGGCCCGAGCGGCUCGGCGGGGCUCCGGGGUGCCCUCAGCUCGGUCCCGGCCGCUUUGCGGGGUCCCGGGGUCUCCUCAGCAGCGGGACCUUCCCCCUGCCGGCUCCUGCGGGUUUGGGGUGCCCCCCUGGCACCCCUCGGCUCGAAGAAAGGGUUUGGAGGCGGAGGGGGGUCGCUGGUGGGUGUUGUGUGGGGGCUCCCCAAAGCACGCGGGGCUGUGCGACCCGACAAGGAGAAGCCUUUAUUCUAACCCUAACAGGUCUGCGUCACCUCCGUCUAACUGAAUUAAUCAAGGUGUCCACCUUCAAUACAAGGCAAGACCAUGGGCGCAGCGUUGGCAAGAGCAGCUCAGUGGACUGCUGCUGGCUAUGGAACUGGCACACUUGAAAUCACCCCUUUGAAUGAAGCUCUUUUAAAUCAAAUCAUUAAGUUUGCAGAGGACUUCAGCACCAGACAUCCUCAGGAAGCAGUGGUUGUCUUCAAGGAGCCCCUGGAGUGGAAAACACAGUUGGACUCUUCAGCCUUUGGAGAGGGUUAUGAGAUUGAUGGAGAAACUGUUAAGUCUGAAGCCAGAGACGAGGAUGGCCAGCCCUUGCUUCUCCUCACUGCAUCAAAUCUCAGAGUUCGCAAUUUUGACCAGCUGUCCCGUUUGCUACAAAUUGCUAUGGAGAAAAAGUUGAAGGAAGCACAGGCUUGCCUUGAAGCUAACAGAGACCCUAUAGUGAAAAUUCUUGGCCCUGAAUAUGGGACUGUUGAAGGAGAAGAUAAGUCCAUGUUGCAUUUACUUGAUAAAGUGAAAAAAGUUGAUGACCCUGAAACAGAGAAGAAAAUGAAAAUUUUUAUUCUUCUUCAUCAGCUGGAUAUGCAACUCCUUAAUAGUUCUUUAAAACAGAUUUCAAAAGAUGUAAGACUAAGUCCAACUGCUGUAAAUAAUGAAGUGAAUCUUCUCAAGAAUUUCUCUGGGAAAGGAGAAGACACAGUACUGGAAUCACUGGAAUAUACAUCAGAUUACACGUUCUCUAAUGGAUGCAGAGCUCCUCCCUGGAGACAAGUGCAUGGAGAAAUUUGUUACUUAAUUAUCAAACCACAUGACACUGAUCCAUUGUGUAUCACUUGCAGCACGGCAGGAGUAUUUUUGAAUGGAGGUGAGCUAAAGAGUAAAGGUGACAUUGACUAUGAAAGAAAAAGUGACAUAUAUAAAGAUAUUGUUACAUUUUUAAGGGAGAGAUCACCUAGAUUUGUAGAAAAUAUGGCUAAGCAGGAAUAUACUUUUUUUAAAGAACCAACGUAUGAGAAAAAUUAUCAGCAUGUAGAAGCAGUUGAUGCUAAGGUCUCUGGCCAAUCCCAGAACCAUUAUGAUCACACAGAAAAGAAUAUACAUGAGAAAGUGAAAAGUUCCGUUGCAAAAAGCAAAUCCAUUGAAAAGAAGAAAUUAGAACCAUCUGUGAAGUGGAAGAAUACUGGGCUUUCUGCUGCCCGCAGUGCCAAAGCUGCAAAAAAAAUAAAUGAAGAACAACGGAGAAGUAGUAGUGUGUCUACAAAAUUCAAAAAGAAAGCCAGUUGUAUUUCUUCUGCAUCUGUUAAAAUGCAAUCAUCUUUGAAAUGGAAAGUAUCAAGCAAGUCUGAAGAAGUUAGUGAAAGUUCCUCAGAGACUGAGGAAGAUGAAGAACAGCCUGUACGUCAUCAGGAAGGAAACACUGAUUUGCCAUCAGAAUACUGGGGAAUUCAGAAACUUGCAAAAUAUUUAAAGGGAGGUAAUCCAACAGCUACAGUAAUUGCAUUGUGUUCAAUGAGAGAUUUCAAUCUGGCUCAAGAAACAUGCCAGCUGGCCAUCAGAGACAUUGGGUGUCUUGAAGUGUUAAUUAAUUUACUUGAUACAGAAGAAAUUAAAUGCCAGAUUGGUUCAUUAAAAAUCCUGAAGGAAAUUAGUCAAAAUACAUUGAUCAGACAUGCAAUUGCAGAUCUUGGGGGCUUAGAGAUCAUGGUGAAAAUAUUGGACUCGCCGGAUAAAGAACUAAAAUGUUUGGCAGCUGAAACAAUUGCUAAUGUUGCUAGAUUUAAACGAGCACGAAGGACAGUAAGGCUUCAUGGAGGAAUCAAGAGAUUGGUUGGAUUGUUGGCAUGUACUUCAGUAAGAUCAACUGGUCUAACACCAUCUCAGGCAAAAGAUACUGAAAUAGCACGCUGUGGGGCUUUAGCACUCUGGAGCUGCAGCAAAAGUACCAAAAACAAAGAAGCAAUCCGUAAAGCUGGAGGCAUUCCAUUAUUAGCUGAAUGGCUCAAAAGUUCACAUAAAAGCAUCCUAACCCCAGUUGCGGGGACACUACAAGAAUGUGCUUCAGAGCCAAGUUACAGACUGGCAAUAAGGACAGAAGGAAUGAUUGAGCACCUUGUGAAAAAUCUGAAUACUGAGCAUGAGGAGCUUCAGAUGCAUUGUGCUAGUGCCAUAUUUAAGUGUGCAGAAGAUAAAGAAACACGUGACCUGGUUAGACUGCAUGGAGGUCUACUACCACUAUCUACUCUGCUUGGUAACUCCGAAAAUAAACAACUUUUAGCAGCUGUGACAGGAGCAAUCUGGAAAUGUGCAAUCAGUGGAGAGAAUGUGUCAAAAUUUCAUGAUUAUAAAGUCGUAGAAGUUUUGGUAGGACUGCUCACUGAUCAACCUGAAGAAGUCCUUGUAAAUAUCGUUGGAGCACUGGGAGAAUGUUGCCAAGAACCAAGACAUCGAGCUAUUAUCCGUAAAUGUGGCGGAAUACCACCCCUAGUGAAGUUACUCACUGGAACCAAUCAGGCACUGCUUGUGAAUGUAACAAAAGCAGUGGGAGCGUGUGCAACAGAACCUGAAAAUAUGAUGAUAAUCGACCGUUUAGAUGGAGUUCGUUUGUUAUGGUCGUUGUUGAAGAAUCCUAAUCCAGAUGUUCAAGCAAGUGCAGCUUGGGCUAUUUGUCCAUGCAUUGAAAAUGCUAAGGAUGCUGGGGAGAUGGUUCGGUCCUUUGUCGGUGGCUUGGAACUGAUAGUCAAUCUGCUAAAAUCAAAGAAUAAAGAAGUUUUAGCAAGUGUAUGUGCAGCCAUUACAAAUAUAGCUAAAGAUAAAGAAAAUUUAGCUGUUAUAACAGAUCACGGAGUCGUCCCUCUGUUGUCUAAACUAGCAAACACAAACGAUGACAAAUUAAGACGUCACUUAGCAGAGGCCAUUUCUCACUGUUGCAUGUGGGGAAGCAAUAGAGUUACCUUUGGAGAGAGCAAGGCUGUAGCUCCCUUAGUGCGUUACUUGAAGUCAAAUGAUCCUUUGGUUCAUAGAGCUACAGCCCAGGCUUUAUAUCAACUUUCAGAGGAUCCCAGCAACUGUAUCACCAUGCAUGAAAACGGAGUGGUGAAGCUCCUACUGACUAUGGUGGGCUCUACAGAUGAAACUCUGCAGGAGGCAGCAGCUGGUUGCAUAGCAAACAUUCGCAGAUUGGCUCUAGCAACAGAAAAAGCGAAGUAUGGCUGAUGCCUCAACAGCUUUUACCAACACCCUCGUUCUGAAAUCCAGCUACAUCUGAAUGCACGAUUGCUUCUUCUAGCACAUGUCAUAGAACAGCUCAUUUAAAUUAGAAUAAUUUAAUAACAAAAAUUCAUCUGUGGAAAAUGGUAUUUGUUUUCAUAUUGACGGUUUGUCACACCUGGGGUUUAGAAAAUGCUCACACCUAGUUUUCUGGAUCUUUUAGUAUUGCAUCUUUUAAAAGACUACCAGAUAAGAUAUGACUAAGGUGAUUUCUACAAUUAGUAAGACUGUAUUUGAAACUAGUUGUGGAUAUAAAUGGUUUUGUGUACCUGUGACGUUGCAAUAAAUACAUUUUCCAUCACCAUGUGUGGCGUUGGGUGGUAAUUUAUGAAUGUCUCGAAUAAUUCCUUUGUGCUAAAUUUGUCUAAUCAUCCUGUCAUUAUGUUUUUGCCUGUUUGAUCACUUGCAACUCACAGGAGAGGGCAAAAUACAGAUACAUCAAUCUCACAUCUGGUGUACUGCAAACAGC